AUGGAUGUAAUUUGGGAAAUACUGAUUAUUCUUCAAACUAAUUUCAUUGUCAGCAUAUCAGCUCAGCCAAAUCCACCGAAAAUUCAUGAGGGAUGGUGGGCUUACAAGGAAGUGGUACAGGGGAGCUUUGUUCCAGUGCCAUCCUUUUGGGGACUGGUGAACUCGGCCUGGAACCUGUGCUCAGUUGGAAAGAGGCAGUCGCCUGUCAACAUUGAGACCAGCCACAUGAUUUUUGACCAGUUCCUCACGCCCAUAAAACUGAACACGGGUGGACGCAAGGUGGGAGGGACCAUGUACAAUACUGGGCGCCACGUCUCCCUGCGAUUGGACAAAGAGCAUCUAGUUAACAUCUCUGGGGGCCCGAUGACAUACAGCCAUCGUCUGGAGGAAAUACGGCUACACUUCGGAAGCGAGGACGGUCAGGGCUCUGAACACCUUCUGAAUGGACAGGCCUUCUCUGGAGAGGUUCAACUGAUUCACUACAAUCAUGAACUGUAUACAGAUUACACAGAGGCUGCAAAAAGUCCCAACGGACUGGUCAUAGUGUCAAUAUUCAUGAAGAUUGCUGAAACAUCAAACUCCUUCCUGAAUCGAAUGCUGAACAGAGACACCAUCACGAGAAUAACAUACAAAAAUGACGCAUAUCUUCUAAAUGGACUGAACAUAGAAGAGAUUUACCCUGAAACAAAUAGUUUUAUUACAUAUGAUGGAUCAAUGACCAUACCGCCGUGCUUUGAGACAGCCACAUGGAUCCUGAUGAACAAACCGGUGUACCUCACACGCAUGCAGAUGCACUCUUUGCGGCUGCUGAGCCAGAACCAACCGUCUCAGAUCUUCCUGAGCAUGAGUGACAACGUUCGCCCCGUCCAGCCGCUGAACAACAGAUGCAUCCGCACCAACAUCAACUUCAGCAUGCAGGGCAAGGACUGCCCUAACAACAGGGCUCAGAAGCUCCAAUAUCGGGUGAAUGAGUGGUUGCUAAAAUAG